CGAGGACGACGUCCAGGAGCCGCUGGCUGUCGUCGGCUCCCCGUACUGGAUGGCUCCAGAGGUGCUCAGAGGAGAAAUUUAUAUCGCGAAGGUGGACGUGUUUGCAUACGGCAUCAUCCUGUGUGAGAUUAUUGCGAGGAUACAGGCCGAUCCUGACAUCCUGCCACGUACUGAGGACUUUGGUCUGGACGUGGAGGCCUUUCAGCGCAUGGUGGAGGACUGCCCCCUCGACUUCCUGGAGAUGGCCAUUUCUUGCUGUAAUAUGAAUGCAAAACUCCGUCCGUCUUUUGCCCAAAUCGUAGUGGAGCUGGAGAGGAUACAAGCUGAGAGGAAGCAGAAAGAUGAACCACCUGUUAAAAUCCUGUCUCCUGCCAUCGACUACAGUCGGAGGAGAUCCCUUCACUUCUUCCCGGAUUCCCACCUCUCGCGCAGCAAGUCGGACAUGCUGCAUAACCUGGACACAUUCCCGGGCCCCCAGGCCCCCCCUGCCCGGGUGAACCCCUUUUCUCAGCGGGAGGACCUCAAAGGAGGCAAAAUCAAGCUUUUCGACACUCCCAGCAAGUCCGUCAUCUCCCUGACCUUCACGCUGCCCCCUCCGCCGUACUGCGACGACAGAGUUGCGCCUGCCCCCCCUGCCCGGGUGAACCCCUUUUCUUAGUGGGAGGACCUCAAAGGAGGCAAAAUCAAACUUUUCGACACUCCCAGCAAGUCGGUCAUCUCCCUGACCUUCACGCUGCCCCCUCCGCCGUACUGCGAUGACAUACCGGCGGCUGACGCAAAGGAAACUGGGAAGUCGCGGGGGCACCGGCGCUGCCACUCGCUGCCCUGCACGCCGCCUCCUCACCUCACGUCAGCGCCGAACUCUGUCUUCACCGAGGAGCUGACGUUUGAGACAGACACCUUAAAAGACACGAGCGAGGGGGAGGGGAGGAGUCGGGCUGCAGGGGAUUCGGGGCUUCCGCUGUCUCUGGAUUUGCCGUCGCUGAACCUGCUGGACGCAAAAGAGGAGCGGGAGGAGGAGCCUAUGGAUUGCAGCAGCUCACCGGACACACAGGAUGCAUCUUCUCCUUACUCCAAACCGCCUACACCUCCCUCCCAGUCCUCGACGCCCUUCCAGCCCUCCACACCUCCCCUCUCAAACGGCUGGGGGUCAGCCGUCUCCAACGGGCCCCCCUGCCUGCCGCCUCUCCCCAGCUUGGACAACCACAACGUCGUCGUGAGCCGACCUCUCGGCUGGACCGCUGCUGCCAAGUCCCCCAACAACAACGGCUACCACUCCCCUCCCAGCGACCCCGCCGGGUCCUCCCUGUUUGGCUCCGGCAGCGGACACUCUCUGGACCAGGAGGUGAUCUCCUGUCCCGGCUGCUGCCUGGCCGGCUUUCGCUUCCCCUCUUUGUGUCUGAGGGCCCCCCCCACGCCGAAACCCCUACAAGAACUUGAACGGGGACCACGCCGCCUCCCGCGGUCUGCUCUGUCCAGGGCCCAAAGGCAUGCCGCCCUCGCCUACCCCCACGACCACCACCAGCAAAUUGGAGCCGGGGCUCGCCUUGCCGGGAGCAAAAACAUAGACUCUCCAUUCUGAGCAUUGAAGAAUAAAGCUCCCCCCUGGAAAU